AAAAGUACUUAUCAAAGAUAAUAAUAAUUACGUCUCACAAUCGGAUUAAAAUGUAAUUUCGUAUUAGUCGCACCUCAUUAGUCUAAGUUACAAAAUGUAUUUUCAUAUUUUUAAUAUACUUUUACUGUUUCAAAUAUCACAGUUCGUGAUAGCUGAUGGGGAUUGUGGGUGUGGAGUAGGUCGCGAACAUGGCGGUGAUAAAAGUGUUUUAUCCUCAAUGAUAGAUGAAGAAUCCUGCUCACUAGCUAAGGAGGAUGUAGACAAAGAGAAUGAAGACCAGAAGACUGAAGAAAAGGAGACUAGUGUGACCAAACCCGGCUUAGAACGAAUGAUACUGGUCCCAGCCGGGGAGUACCAACUGGGAACCGACGACGUCCUCAUAGAAGCGGACAACGAGGGCCCAAUGAGAUUUGUUCAACUGGAAAGUUUCUAUUUAGACAAAUAUGAAGUUUCGAACAAAGAUUUCAGUGAGUUUGUGGAGGCGACCGGCUACAAGUCCGACGCGGAGACGUUUGGGGAUAGUUUUGUGUUCACGUUGUUUCUGAACGGUACGUUCAAGGAGCAGCUGCGGGACUUCCGCGUGGCGGCCGUGCCCUGGUGGUACAAGGUGGACGGCGCCAGCUGGAAGAACCCUGAUGGACCCGACUCUGAUAUUGAAGACAAGAUGGACUACCCGGCGUCCCACAUGUCGUGGAACGACGCGAAGGCGUACUGCACGUGGCGGGACGCCCGCCUGCCCACCGAGGCGGAGUGGGAGGCCGCCUGCCGCGGCGGCCGGCGUGGGACCACCUACCCGUGGGGCGACAAGCUGCUGCCGGAUAGGAAGCAUAUGUCGAACAUAUUCCAAGGCUCGUUCCCGAGCUACAACUCGGCGAAGGACGGCUACAUCGGCACGUGCCCCGUGGAUGAGUUCCCGCCCAACGACCUCGGCUUCCACAACCUCAUCGGCAACGUGUGGGAGUGGACCGAGGACAAGUGGGACGAUGAAGUCCCCACUAAGCGCGUGAAGAAGGGCGGCUCGUACCUGUGCCACAGCACGUACUGCCUGCGGUACCGCUGCUCGGCGCGCUACCAGAACACGGAGGACAGCUCCGCCGGCAACCUCGGCUUCCGCUGCGCCAAGUCCACAGAACAACAAUAAAUACAUAAUCUCUUA